AUGCCCCGCAAAAAAAGUUCGUCCAGAGGCUCGUCUCGUGGCGGUACUCGGGGUGGAUCAAGCUCUAGAGGUCGUGGAGGUGGUCGUGGAGGCUCCAACUACGGCAGAUUCUACUUAAGCAAGUCUGCUAAGAGGAAAGGCAAGGGCAAGUUCAAUCCAAGACCUGCAAACGGGUAUGAGGACCCUGAAUUUAUGGACUUGGGUGCUGGGGAGUACCUCCCCUCUUUGGACAGUGGUCUGGAACCAAUGUCGAUGAAGGCUUUGUCGAGAAGACCUAAUCGGUCGAUGAUGGAGGAAGCAAGGUAUACAGAGCGGCAUUUUGGCCAUGGAGUGAGAGAGCCGCUUCGAAACAAACCUUUGAUAUUUGUAAAAUCUGCAGAGAUCUAUGAUCCACGAAAGUUGACAGUGGAGAAGCUUCUCAAGAGAGAGCCUCUUGAGCUCAGUGAGGACCUCGAGCUGCUUCGUGUCGAUGACGACCACGACCAGGAAAAUGAAAAACUUCACGACGCUGAUAAUAAUCAGGGCAAUGAAGCACUCUACGAAGCCUCAGAGUUCUACGAUGCUGCCGACGAGGAUCAUAUUGUGUCCUCUGACGAAGCCGUUGGGCCAGACGAUGACAUAACUCAAGGGGAGCACUCCGAGAGCGCCAAGGAGAGCGAUGGGGAAUCAGAAGCUGAGAACAACUCCCACUAUCUUGAUGAGGGAGUAAAUUAUGCAACUAUCGACGUGGAUAUGGUACAAGAACCGCCAGACGAAGAUAAGAGUAACACCGAGGAGGAAUCAGACAUUCAAGAUGAAGGUGAAUACGAUUCGGAAGUGGCUUUUAUGAUUGAUGAGCAAGGCGAUGAGAGUAUAUCCGCUCACUAUGGUGCCAGAAAGGCCAACACAAAGGAACUUCUCCAGGAAGCACAUCUUAGGCUGGCUCAACUUAGCGCUCGUGAUGACACACCGAAUGCAGAGCUAGCUGAUCCAGUUGCUACCUUAGAACACGAACCGUACAUGUCAGUGGGAAAAGUUAUCAUAAGAACUGAAAUCGAUAAAAAUGGCGACCUCAUGGCAGAAAUGCCUAAAGGUAAAGCUAACAGGAACGGCACAGGAUUCAAAGAUCUUGAUUGUGACUACUACGAGGAAGAAUCCGACACUGACGAGGAGGGUGCUUUUGAGGACUACUUAGCGCAAGUGAUGAUGGGAGGACAGGGUCUACAUGACGACUUUGAUACCCCAAUCCUGUUCAGCUGUUCCGAUAGCGAAGAACAAGUAUCUGAGAUGGACGACGGUCUGAAUGAUGGCCUCAAUGAUAUUUUGGAUUUUGCACAAAACCAACAGCGAAGCUUCGCUGACCUAGAUGUGCCUCCAACGAGAUCUCUAAGAGCCAAAGGCAGGUCUAAGAAGCUAAAAUUAGAGUUUGAGGAAGCCGUCGACGCUGAGCUUCGAGAGUCCCUUCUCGAGCAAUUUCAAUAUCAGAAGAAGUCAAGGAGAGACAAAAAACUACGAAAGAAGGAAAAAUUUAAGCUGGAAGCACUCGAGAACAACGAUCUCUUUGUAAAGUAUGACUACUCGUUGCAUAUCAAGGAUAUCAAAGAUGAGUUUGAAAGCUUUUUGCAUGACCCGGAGAGAGAGAACAUGAGUUUUCCUCCUUUAGAUCCGCAUGGUAACAAGACGGUAAACAAACUUGCCACACACUAUAACAUGAAAUGCACAAGGUGUGGCAACGGACGUCACAUCUUCAUGAAGAUCAGCAAGGCCCGGAAGACGUUUCAUUACCUCCCAGAUUACAAUCUGAUAAGUUAUGUCAUGAAACAGCGCCCUAUCUUCAAGAGAUCGGACGUGAAGAAGCGCACCAGGGAGGAAAUCGAAGCCAGCGAGAAGUCUUCAAGCAGGCGUGGUCCUAAAAAUAAUGCUUUCGUGAGAGAAGGUGAUAUCGUCGGAGCAGCGGCCCCGGAGAUUUCCUCGAACAACAUAGGAAGACAAUUGCUCGAGAAGCUCGGCUGGGUCAAAGGAGAGGGGCUUGGUGCACAUGGCAACAAGGGUAUAAGUGUGCCUUUGAUGGCUACAGUGAAAAAGUCGAAGACAGGAUUGAAGUAA